GUCAAAUAUUGCCGAAAAUACAAAAUUAGGAUGAUCUCAUUAGAAAUCAGUGUAAUUUUUUUUUAUAUAAACUAGUUUUUUUUUACAUAUUUAGUGUCUUUAAUGUGGCUUAGCAAUGCAACAAUCGCCGUUUGAAAAUAUUUUUAAUAUUAUCGGUGGACUAUCGGAAGGGAACGAAAAACCUAUGAAACAUGGGUUCUAUAAUGCCUUCGCCCUAUUUAUUCUAGCAAUAUGCUGUGCGGCCAUCUAUGUGCUAUUUUUAAUCUUAGAGCCCUUUUUCAAACCGUUAUUUUGGGCUCUACUCGUUGGUUCAUUGCUUCAUCCCUUUAAAUAUAAAUUAUCAAAAAAAAUAAAAACAUGGUUUGAAGAUCUUCGUAAAUCCGAUUCGUCUGUGAUAUAUGGUUUAACGUUAAUACCUGUAAAUGUAAUCAAUUAUGCAUCAGAUACAGUAGGACAUCAAUUCAAAGAACAUUAUAAGACUGUAAUAGGGUUGCUGUCUGCAAUAUUUAUAUUACCAUGGCUGUAUGGUGCCAUACCACGCAGUUUCUGCUGUAUCUUCUGGCAGUUAGUCAGCUUCAUCAGUUUUACUACAACACUUCUCAUAAGACUAUGCAGCUCGUACAUAACAAUGACAAUAGCUGUUGCAUAUAUGAUAAGUGUGUAUUUUCUAUGGAGUCCAUCAAGGGCUGGAAUGUUCCGGACAACCUCUCAUAUUCUCUGGCUAGUUAUAGCGAGCUUCUUAGCUAAUUUAGCUGGAUCAUUCAAAGUGCAUAUGUUCAUACUAUUACAAGCCAUCGGAAUUACAGGCUUUGUUCUAGAAGUUUUACAUAUACACAAGCAAUUGUUAUCUCGAGAUCCUGAAGCAUCAAUGAUCACAGCUCUCCAACAUGCUUUAACAAAUCGUCAGCCAGAGAGCUCAACUCUUGAAAAGAUAGAUGAAAAGCCAGAAGAAGGAGCACCAGAAGCAAGUGAUAAAGACUCUACACCAGAAAUGGAUUCUCCUUCCCCCAUCACACCAGAUACACUCACAAAGAGGGGAAGUUGGACAGGAAACGAACCAAUUCAAAGUUCUCCGAGACAAGCCAAAAUGUUAUUUAAAACUAGAACGUUAUCUGCCCUUCCAUUACCAAAUCCGAAAACGAAAACUGCUUUCGAAAAUCGACUCUUAGCCUCAUUCAGACAGAGGUCUUUGGAUGAAAAUUACAUCAGAAAUAAUUUUAAUGACGAUGAGACAGCUCUUUACUUCAAGCUUCUAUUUUUUGGGUGCCUCUGUAUGCUUAUUUGGAAAUAUAUUUGGCUACUGCCUGUUAUGCUGUUCUUUCUAGCGAUUCAUAUUAUCAAGAAAUCGCUUAAUUUCUUUGGUGUUUGGUUAUUCUUUGAGAAUCAAUACAAUAAUGUAAUGUCUAAAGUUGGAAGCUGGUGGAAUGACAGAAAAACAGCUCUUAUCCCAGCUCAAGUCCGAGGCGUUGGAAAGAUGCUGUCAAUCUGUAACAGGAGUGUCAUAGACAUGGCGUACGAGUCAGUGGACACAGUAUCAACUUGUAUUGUGAUCAUUGGACUGAUACUCUUUGUGGCGAUCACUACAAUAUUUAUUUGUAUACAGAUAUAUUCUGAAGCGAUAGUGGUGGUACAACUUAGUGGCAGUCUCUUGAACAGUACUUUUGUUCAGAAUAGCGAACUGCACGCAUACCUACCCGAGGGCUGGGAGGAAAAAUUGGAUUCUCUUAUUGACAAUGCCUACACUUAUGGACGAGAAGGGAUUUCUACAGGGAUAAUGAGAUACGUUAAAAGCAUUCUCAAAGAAGGUGACCCAGAAAAAAUAGCACGCGUUGAACAGCAAGUCUUGGAAAUAUGGGACCGUGUCUAUCAGAGUUGGGUUUCUGGAACGUUUGCAGCACAGUUGGGUCCUCAAGUUGAUGGUUCCGCUGUUCAGGACUCUUGGGAUAAUUUUGUAAACGACGUUGGUGCGCCAGGUUUAUUCGACUACAGCGGAAUUGUAGCUUGGGUGAAAGCAAAUGUUGGAACUCUUAGUGCCAUAGCGACGAAUAUCUGGGCUCCGUUGGCCAGUAACGUGUCUCUGUUGGCCGGGUCUUUGGGUGCCUUCACGUCCUUGUUGCUGUGCGGAGGAGGUGCUAUCAUAAAUAUGUUUAUUAAUCUGGUGGUAUUUUUCACGACGCUGUUCUAUUUGUUGGCUUCGAGCAACGCCCUCUACAAGCCCGUGGAAGUUAUCACUCGGAUUCAACCAAAUUUCGGUCCUAGGCUGGGCAUUGCUUUGUCCGUCGCUAUCAAUCAGGUGUUCAGAGCGUCGUUCAAGAUGGCGCUGUUUUACGGUCUGUGGACGUGGUUGGUUCACAACUUAUUCGGAGCCAAAGUUGUUUAUUUGCCGUCUGUUCUAGCAGCAGUUUUAGGCGCGGCACCUUUCCUAGGUCCCUACCUAGCGGGCAUCCCCGCCGCUCUGGACGUGUGGCUGCAGGGCCGGCCCAUGGCGGCGUGCCUGCUGCCCGCGGCGCAGGCGGCGCCCAUCGCCUUCCUUGACGCUGCGGUGUACGCCGAGAUUAAAGACGGUGGUCAUCCCUACGUCACGGGCUUGGCUAUAGCCGGCGGUAUCUUCUACUUGGGCCCAGAGGGAGCCAUCCUGGGGCCGUUGCUCCUGUGUUGUAUCAUGGUGGUGCUGAACUUGUCUUCCACGUUCUUAAGAGAUACUCCGUCUGAAGAACGAGCGGCUCUACACUCACGUGUCAGGUCGUUGUUGGAAUGUAUUUUAAAGUGAGGUGUGUAUUGUAUCUAAUAUUUUGUGCACGUUCGUUUGUUCACCACUAACACAAUCUUAAACGCACACCAUUGCAUUAUGUAAUACUAAAAAGAUACUCAUAUGGGAAUCCCAUUCAAGUCACGUUAAAUUUGGCUAACAUUCCCGUAUAUGAAUCGCUAGGACACGUGAAGUCGUUAAGGCACAUGAACCUAAACCUAAAGAUUGCGUACUGAAACACCUGCUCACUAUUGUUUGUGUAAGCUUAAUUUGUGUUUGUAAUCAAUCCGAGGCAACCUUCAUAUGACUGAAAUUUUUCGUUUCUAAUCUUUUGAUUCGUGGUUUUGUAAAAGCGUUAUGUAUAAUAUCAACCAAUUUACCGCAAAAUAUAUGUACAAAUAAAUAAUGCUAUUUGCUUGUGACAAAAAUCGAAAUAUAAAAUAAUUUAAUUUAAAUAGUUUUUCGCGAGCGCUUAUGGAUCGUGGUUUUAAGCGUUGUAUUCAUUCUAAAAUGGAAAAUUUAGACAACGCUUAAUAACUAAUAACGUAGAAAAGUAACAUAUAUAAGUUAAAUAAAAUAAAUUAAGUCGUUUUUAUUGAAUUUCAACCGUUUUGCACAACAACAAACGCAUUAAAAAAAUACUACAAUUUACUAAAGCCCUAAAGUAAAAUUGUUAUACGAUCUUUCUCAUCCCAGCUACAUUAUUUUUAUAAUCUCUACCUUAAUUACUAAUGAUAUAAGGUAUGUAUUUCAAUGCAUGGCGUAGUUUUGGGCUAGAUUCUUAAAAAUGAGGCGAGUAUACAUUAUAUGAUUCAUAUCGUUUUCUUAUAUUAGUAAUUAAGUUACAUAUACUUAUUAUUAACUUAAUAUUUUUUAUACAAAAUAUAUUACAUAAGAAAUAUAUAACUAAAAAUUAUUUUUAUUAAUAUAUGCUCACCUCUAAUGUCCGGUCAUUAUAUUUAAAGAAGGGUUACAUUAUCAGUAACCAAUUUUUUAUGAGCUACGAGUAACGAGCCGUUAAUGACGUAAUGCAAGAAACGGUAGAAAAUAUGAUGCUAUCGGUACUAAGAGCAGGACACUGAGCGGGAUUCCGCAUUCCAGCGACGUGUCUAAUUCAGUUUCACGUGUUGUAUACAUUUUUGCAACUUAUAUUGAAUUUUCUGUAUGUUAUUUAAUGUGAUCGUUCUCGAAUAUAGUAACCGGUCAUAAAUUGUAUUCAUGCAUGAUAUACAAAACUCACAAUAAUCAUCACAUGGUAUAUAAAUAUAUGUACUAAAACAUACGGAUAUUUCUUUCCAGACUCGGUGCUUAUCUGUGAACAUGCAUGGGCCACUAACAUUAACAAGCGGAGGGAAUUGAAUCUUUUUUAAAUAAAAUAAUAUAUAUCAAUGAGCCGUGAGAAAUAAUCUUGGCCUCCUUUGUAAUAAAACAUGAUAAUUUUAAAAAUCAGCUCAUAAAAUAUCAUGUUUAUUACGCAUAGUACCUUUUUGAUUUACACGUUUGUAAGUAUUCGGAGGAUAUGCUCAAUAAAUGUCCGAUACAUAAACAUAAUACAAGUUUAUUAAUCAAAUAAAAAAUUGAACUAAAAUAAAAAUAUUUCAACUUUAUUUAAAUAAAAGUGAACUUGAACCGAACGGCUUUUUAUGAAUUUAAUGUUGUUGAAGAAGAAGAGUUAGGGAGAUUAUUUAAACAGUGUCUUUCGAAUGUCAAUGAUAACGUGAUAGGAUUCAGUAUUUAACUACACAAUCUCUAAAUAAGUUUACCAAUUAAAAAAAUAUUUUUUAAAAAUAGUAUAUUAUUACAAAAUGGUUGUAUUUAACAAACAAAUAUAACUUUAGCAUAGAAUUAAGCCGAACAGACGCUCAUUGUUGCAUGAUAAUAUAUAUAUAUAUAUAUGCAUGCACAUAAACGAUAUCUAUAUUUUAGAUAAAUUUCAAUCCUAAUUCUUUGUUAUAUACUUAAAAAUAACAGAUAUAUAUAAAGAUAGAUAACGCGUGUUUACUCAUGUAUAUAAUUUGUUAAAAGUUAUUAAAUCAGAAAAAAAACAAAUAAUGUCUCAACUCUCAAGUAAACUUUAAGAACAGUUGUGUAAGGAGUUUUGUUAUAAAAUUACAUUUAUUUUU